GCAUUCCAAGUUUAUAUAUUUAUCGGUUGUUUCUGGAUGAUGUUGUUAUAUACAUUCUUCAUCUCUGAAUCAAUUAGGAUGGAGAAUCAAAAAAGAAUAUUAUAUCUUUCAUUCUUUUUAUGGACAUUAUCAUUGAUAUUCCAUGUUUUAUACAUAUUCCUAAGGAGGUUCGUCCUGGACAAGAGAAUGGUCAGCCUCUACUACACCAUUGGAUUCAUGAGUUUCAUUGGAGCCGGUGGUAUCCUAUACCUUAUCAACGGUCUAAUACUCAGAUAUCAACUAAAGAAGCAUGUAAAGGAAAUUGGCGCACAGAACAAGAUGCAAUCUUUGGACUCCAUGAUCACCAAGAUCAAGUACCUGGCCGUUGUAAUCUUCCUUAUCGUGGUCCUACUCAACUCGCGUGCUCUACUAUUCUACAUGUUCAACGUGGCCUACUCUAGCCAGUAUCGCCACCUCCACUCAUUCAUCACAUUCCUGGCAGAGCUGGCCACUGGUGUGCUGGUGAUGAAUGCCAUUGCCGACGAGCCAAUCAACUAUCUAAAGUUCAAGAGGAUUGUUGUCACCAAGCUCGAGCUGGGCACAAAGCCAUCCAAGGACAAUGACAACUCGCUUGCGCGUCGCGAUGCCAUGGGCUUUAGCUCAUAUGCCGAAGAAGUAAUGUCCAAGGCUGCGCCAGAGAUCUCCUUUGCCGUGUCGGAGGACCGUAUCCACGUCGAU